UUGAUAUAAACUGUAGCAUAUCCAUUUCUUGUGUUGUGUGUGAAAAGACAUAAAUGCCCCUUGUCAUUAUCAUGACUGAAAAUGUGGAACUUACUUAUAAUUUACCCUUUGUGGAGAAGGUUCGGCUAUAUGUAACAUCCCAAGUUCAGGAGUGUAAGUUCAGGGUUCAAAGUGAAAAUGUAUAAGGGCAACUCGGCGAGUCCAUGGGUGGACUCAGCGAGUAGAGUCGCGAUUCUGGUCGCGUGUUAAGUGGCCAACUCGGCGAGUCGGCGGCUGGACUCGGCGAGUUGAUGCUGGGUGAAGAAAACCCUAAUCUUCGGGGUUUGCACCCUAUUUAAAGAAUGAUAUGCCUUCUUUUCAGCCUCUAUUUCCCCUGAGUGUUCCAGAGGAAACCCUAAUCGUGAGAAACUCCAUUAUUGAGAGGAUUGAAGCUUGGAAGAAGGAAUUUGUGAAGAGAAGUUGGAGGAAUUCGAGGAUAGCACCAAUGGGCUUGUGGAUCUGAAGUCUACAUCAGUUUAGGCUCAUCUUUGGGGUAAGAAUCCUCUGUCUUGAGCCCUUUUUCCCUUAUUGUCAUCCAUGGUGGUUAUUUUGGGGUUUUUGGAGUAUUUCAUGAGCUAUUUCGGGAUUGGAAGACGGAUCUGAGGAUGCCAACUCAGAUCUGGAGUAGUGAUGAUCCAAAAAUGCAUAAAGUCCCUGUUGAUAAGUGAUUGGCGAAGCUAUCUUGUCCCAAACCUAAACCCUAAAGUGUAAAAUGCCUAGAUCUCUUUGGAUUCACGUAAAGUUCGCCACUUUACAUGAUGGAUGGGUUGUAGGAGGCUAGAUCUACGUUUUGAAUCAAUUGCAUGGCCUGGAAGGUUAUGUUUGGAAUGAGAUCUAGAGGCACUCGGCGAGUCAUAAGGGUGUACUCGGUGAGUUGCUUGAAGAUGGUUUAGAACUCGGCGAAUUGGAAGAACAACUCGGCGAGUAGGUUGAAGAUAGCCUUGGACUCGGCGAGUCUGUUCUUGGACUCGGCGAGUCUGGUCGUGAGGACCUGUCCUUUUUUCGGGUUGAGUUAUGAAUCAGUGAGUCAAUGGAUGACUCGGUGAGUCGAGUGUGAAGGGACUCAGAGUUGUUGGACUCGGCGAGUCUCGGGGUGACUCGGCGAGUUGAGUCGCGGAUUGGGGAAAAGUUCUGAGCAUGGGGACUCGGCGAGUCAUCGGGUUGACUCGGCGAAUAGAGUCAGCCAAGGGUUGACCAGUUGACUUCCAGGGGCAUUUUGGUAAUUGUUGGAUAUUGUUUUGAGUUCAGUGUUUUGGUGGUUGGCCAGUGGUGGAGAUCGUAUCAAUGAUCGGAGCAGCUUGGAUUAUCUGUUCAGUCGGCAGUUUCGAGGUUCUUCAAGAGACCGUGGCAAGGCAAAGGCAUGAUCGUACCGCUCUUCAUGUUUAUGUUGUGAUGUGAUUCUGGGAAUAGUCUAAAUAAAUUGUGUUGUAAACCUUUUUGUAAUAAUUUAAAGAGAUCGGGUCGUUUUUGAAAAAUUUAAUUUGGUUUGAAUUUUUCGUUUGUUACACUAUAGCCAAAGACCUCCUACGUGCUAUUACUUCUGUGGUUAAUCUAUGGCUAGGAGGAAGAUGCCCUUCGAGCUUGUCAUAAUUUGUUGCCUCUGCUCCUCUCACGCCGCUCUUAAACCCUGACAAGAGAAUACGAUCUAUUGCAGUAGGUACUAUAUGGAGACUUUUGGUUUCCAAGUUGGCCAUGAAAGGGGUUGGUAAAGAAAUGGUCAAAUAUCUCACUGAUUUUUAGUUCGGAAUCGAGGUGUCGGGUGGCGCUGAGGGCAUUUUACAUAGCGCCAAUAGGUUGUUGAGUGAGCGCCACGAUGACAAAUCUCUCUCCAUGCUUACUGUGGACUUCUCUAAUGCCUUUAACCUUGUUGACAGAUCCGCGUUACUUGAUGAGGUCAGAUUGAGGUGUCCAUCUAUUUCCUUGUGGGUCGAAUUCCUAUAUGGUCAAGCAGCAAGGUUAUAUCUAGGCAACACACAUAUCAGGUCUUCUACUGGGGUUCAACAAGGAGAUCCCUUGGGACCACUUCUCUUUGCCAUUGUGUUGCACCCGCUCUUGCAUAAAAUUAGAGACAAUUGCAAGCUUCUUCUCCAUGCCUGGUACUUGGAUGAUGGCACACUUAUCGGAGAUUCGGAGGAGGUGACCAAAGCAUUGGACAUCAUUACGGUGAUUGGCCCAAAAUUGGGCCUUCAGCUGAAUAUCAAGAAAACCGAGCUCUUUUGGCCCUCGUGUGAUGGUAGGAAGUUACGGGAGGGGCUAUUUUCGGCAGACAUUGGGAGGCUGCCUUUUGGGGUGAAACUUCUUGGGGGAGCUGUUAGUAGAGAUGUUAGUUUCAUUCACAGCCUAGCCAUAAAGAGAGCUGUAAUCGCUGUGAAUUUGAUGCGCCUUCUUCCACAAUUGUCUGACCUCCAGAGUGAGCUCCUUCUUCUUCGGUCUUGUAUGGGUGUUGCUAAGCUUUUCUUUGGGUUGAGGACGUGCCAACCCGUUCACAUGGAAGAGGCGGCAAUAUUCUUUGACAAUGGAUUGCGCGUGGCGAUUGAGGACAUUGUGGUUUGUGGGGGCCCUUUCUUUGGUGACAUACAAUGGCGAAUUGCUUCCUUACCCAUUAGGUUUGGGGGUUUGGGUUUAUACUCGGCAGUAGAGGCUACCUCCUAUGCUUUUGUUGCCUCAAGGGCCCAAUCUUGGGUAUUGCAAGACCAUAUCUUACGGGAUAGCGGUAUACAUGGUAUGGAUUCUGAUUAUGAUUGUGCCUUGGCAGCUCUUCGCAACAAGCUUCCAGAAUUUGACCUUAACAAUUUUACUACUAAAGACACCGCCCCCCCCCCCCCCUCCUAAAUCCCAGAAUACACUGGCGAGUGCCCUUUUUCGUAAAAUUGUCCAAGAUAUGGAAAUGCAUUUCGACAUGACGGCUCGGCAGAAAGCGGUUUUCCAGUGCUUACGUGCACCACAUUCUCAAGAUUUUCUUUUGGCUAUCCCUAUUUAUGGUCUUGGCCAACACAUGUCUCCCGUGGAGUAUCGUACUAUUCUCAAAUAUCGACUCAUGAUUCCCAUUUUCCCAGCUGACGAGAUAUGUCAUGUGUGUCGCAAAGCGUGUUUGGACUCUUUUGGAGAGCAUGCAGUUCACUGUAAAGAACUCUCGAGGUUCAAAUACAGGCACGAUAUGGUUAGGGAUGUUUUAUUUGACAUAUUUAAGCGCGCCGGGGUUUCCGCUAAGAAAGAGGCACCUGUUAAUUUCUUGACUGACCCGACAGAAGGAAGGUCAACCCUCAGACCGGCUGACAUUUUGAUUUUUGGAUAGGUCGGAGGAAAACACGCAUGUGUCGAUCUUACAGGGGUAUCCCCUCUCGUGGGCCUGAGGACUGGGGGUUUCACAGUGGGACAUGCUGCUUUAAAAGCAGCCACAAGCAAAGUCACCAAACAUGAGAGAUCGUGCAUGGAAAAUCAACAAGUGUUCAUACCAUUUGCAUUUGAUACGUUUGGUUUCCUUGCACCGGAUGCGGUAGAACUUCUUAAAAGAGUACAACGAAUCAUGCAUAGUAAUGUUAUAUCUCCUAGAUCUUCGGAUGUAGUCUUUAAAAGAAUUAGUUUUACCAUUCAAAAAGGCUUAGCGGCACAGCUUGUUGCCCGUUUGCCAUCUCACUCAUUGUACGAUGACAAUUGAACUUUUUGUUUAAAUAUUGGCAUUUGUUAACCAAUUAAUCAAAAAUAAAAAAAAAAAUAAUUAAUUGUGUGUUUU